AUGACAACCGGACACCUUGGCGCUCAGCUGGACGCCUCCAAGCUCGAGCUUACUCAUGCGCCAACCUCAAAACCUGUUCCUCACCCCGACUCUCCCGAGGUUGCAACUCUGAAGGAUGGUACUGAUCGUAUGAUUGUUGUUUCCUGGACGUCUCAACAAGGCUGGGAAGCCCCUAGAGUGGUUCCCUAUGGCCCAGUCUCUUUAAUGCCCACUGCCAGCGCAUUGCAAUACGCUACGCAAUGCUUUGAAGGCAUGAAGGUCUUUCGCGGAUAUGAUGGUCGCCUCCGCCUCUUUCGCCCUUUGUACAACUGUGAGCGUUUGCGCAACUCUGCAUCACGUAUCGCGCUCCCGAGCUUCGACCCAAAGGAACUGCUCAAGCUCAUUCACAGGCUUUGUGCGCUUGAAUCGCCGAAAUGGCUGCCAAAGGAUAAGCCUGGAGCUGCUCUUUACAUCCGACCAACUUUGAUCGGAUCGGACCCAAGUUUAGGCUUCAAAGCACCGGAAGAAGUCCAGUUGUACAUAUUUAUGAUCUAUUGGCCAUCCCCAAAGACGACUGGGCUUCAAGGAACACGCUUGUUGGCGAGCAGUGAGUCAGUCGUUAGGGCGUGGCCGGGAGGUACUGGGGCAGCAAAGGUUGGUGGAAACUACGCUGCAGCUCUGGUCGAGCACGUUCAGGCCAAGGCGAGGGGGUUUGACCAGGUUCUUUGGUUAUAUGGACCGGACCGUCAGAUCACGGAGGCUGGGGCAGCCAAUAUUUUCAUCAUCUGGAAAACAACGUCUGGAUCGCUACAGAUGGUUACCUCCCCUGUGGAUGAGAAUAACCUGAUCCUCGCUGGUAAUACACGACGAAGUAUUAUUGAGCUUUCCCAAGCCAUGUUCGACAGCGAGGAUGCAGAAGAUGGAUUACGAUGCGAGGUCCUGGAAAGAAAGAUCACCAUGAUUGAAGUAGAAGAGGCCGCUCACGAAGAUAGACUCCUCAGCAUUUUCUCAGUGGGUACGGCAUAUUGGAUCCAGGAAAUCGCCGAGAUCAACAUCGACGGAAGAAUCAUCAAUAUCGGUUUGGGCAAGAGACCUCACGUUGCACUGCUCAGAAACCGGAUGAGCGAUAUUAUGUUCGGGACCCAAGAAAGUGAAUGGGCGGAUGUUGUCCUUGAGGAGUGACUAGUACAGAUUUAACACCGAGGCUUUGUGCUUCAUUGCCACCAAUCCAGG